AUGCGCAUUAAGGGCAUCCCCAUCGAUGUGUAUACCAUUAACAUUGUGAUGGGUGUGUACUGCCGCUCAAGCCGAGUAGAUUGCGGGUUUUGUGUACUUGGUGUGGUUUUCAAGUGUGGAUUUGAGUUUGAUGUGGUCACAUUCACCACUCUGAUUAAGGGCCUCGUUCUGGAUAAUAACAUUGUGGAGGCUGUAGGGCUAUUCAAAAAGUUGGUAAGGGAAAAUGUGUGCAAAGUUGAUCAAAUUACUUACGGUGUUCUUAUAAAUGGGCUUUGCAAGGCAGGCCAUACACAAAAUGCUCUUGAUUUACUUACAGUAAUGCAAGAGGAGGGACCUAAGCCUAAUACUAUAGUCUACAACACUGUAAUUGAUUCUCUAUGUAAAGACAGAAUGGUUGAUAAGGCUCUUGGCCUUCUCUCUGAGAUGAUUGAAAGAGGGAUUCCCCCGAAUAUCAUCACAUAUACUUCACUGAUUCAAGGCCUUUGCAAUUUUAGCCGAUGGAAAGAGGUUACCAAGUUAAUGAAUGAGAUGGUGCUACAUAAUGUAUAUCCAGGUGUAAGGAGGGGAAGUUGGAAAGUGCGGAAACUAUUAUUCAGAUCAUGA